GGAGAGGCAGAGAGAGAGCGAGAGAGAAAUAGUGUGAGAGAAAGAGAGAGAGCGAGAAGGGGAGAGGGAGAGAGAGAGUGAGAGAGAGGAACAGACAGCGUGAGCAGCAGCAGUAGAGGAACAGUGCAGAGUGUGGGGAGGAAGGGGCUCUCAGCACAGAAGCGCUCUCUCCAGCUUCUACACACAUAUCCUCCUGCUGGGCUCAGCUCUCUGCCCCCCUCCCCAUCUCUGACAUCGCCGGAUCGUCCUCCACGUGGACAGAGACUCAGAGGACAGAGGAAGGAGACCCUCCUGUCCUGCAUCCCACCGCCUCAGUGAGGGCAGCUGACAGACUGACAGGACCAGGUGCCGGGAGGGUGUGAGCCCAAAAGGAAUCCCCGAAUACAGCUGUCUUCUCUCCCCGGCAUCGCGAGAACCCGCCCGCCUCCGGGCAGAAACAACCAGGGCGCCCGGAGCUCCAGGACCAGCGAAGCACAGCCGCACUGCCCAAAACCUGGAGGCUUUAGCACCCUGCACCCUGCUGGAACGGAUCGGGGGUCACCCCCAGCUCACUGAGAGCAGCAGGCCCUGUUCUUCCCCGCCCCUCCUGCCCUGUCCUGCUCUUGGUCCUCGGAGCUCCAGUGCCGUCUCUGGGCCCUUGAGGGCAGCGACAGGCCCUCUACUUCUGAGAAUGUAACAACCCACCCCCUCCACUCCUCCUCUGCCCCCCAUCCCCCCCUCAGAGCCUGGUGUGAGGAUCUGCUCAGCAGGUAACGGGUCAAAGGUCACCCACCCCAGUUUUAGGAGGAUUCCUUCCGCAUCACGUUUGCGUCUGCCCGUCGCAGCGAUGCCAGCCAAAACACCCAUCUACCUGAAAUCCGCCAACAGCAAGAAGGGGAGGAAAUGCCGUCUGCGGGACAUCCUGUCCCCCGACAUGAUCAGCCCCCCGCUCGGAGACUUCCGGCACACCGUGCACAUCGGGAAGGGCGGGGAGCGCGACGCGUUCGGCGACAUGUCCUUCCUCCAGGGGAACUUUGAGCUGCUGUCGGGGACGGAGCGGGCCCCCCUGCAGCACACGGGACACAGCGAGUACCUGAGGGCCAACAGUGCCUCAGAGGCCUCCUUCACAGAGACGCCCUCCCCCGUGCUGAAGAACGCCAUCUCCCUCCCCUCCAUCGGGGGCUCCCAGGCCCUCACGCUGCCCCUCAUCUCCGCCAUAGCCUUCCCUCCCCACCCCGACCCCUACCACAGCGCCGGUCCCCCCGCCCGCGCGCCCCCGGAGGUGCAGCACGGCGACUCCCUGCUCCUCUCUCUGGACGUGCUCCUCCCCGACCCCAGUCCUCCCACGGAGCCCAAGAAGAAGACUAGCUUCCUGUUCGACGCGCCCGUCGUGCCUGCUCAGACCGUGCAGCUGGAGAAGUCGCCGGAGAAGAAAAAGGCGCAGGAGAAAUGGAAGGAUGUCAACGGGGAGAACGCGCACAACGGCAGGACCGGGAAAGCGCACAUGGGCCAGAACGGCUACGACACGCCGCCGCCCGGCUACACCAAUGGCAACGGCGGGAUCCAUCACAUGACGGAGACCCUGGAGCGCUACGCCAGCUGGCUGGACUGCGACGGCGUCCGGGAGAGCCGCAUCUGCGACUUUGACUUUGAGCUCUCCAAAGGGAAGAGCCUAUCGCAGGACUCCAUCUCCAAAAUCACCGGCUCCCUGCUGUCCCUGGAACUGGACCUGGGGCCAUCCAUCCUGGAGGACGUGCUGAACAUAAUGGACAGACCGUAAAUGGCCAGAAAGGGAAAUAACAACAAAAAGACUCAAAUCUGUAAAAAUACAGAUUUACAGUACGUCCAGAUAAUUAACCCCGAACCACAAUCCUGUCUCUAAGCGUGAUCGUGCUGUCCUUCCAUAACCGUAGCUGACAUCCUAGCUUCAGUGGAGUGUUUCUCAUUUAUGUUUUCAUUGCUGUGACGCUUGGCAUGCGAGAUGCAUGUAAUCACAUAACAGCAACUGCAAAACAUGGCCACUGCGCCUCCCAUUUUGAGACUGAAUGAAACUGUUUUUAGUGUACUGAGAAGCAGUUGAAAUAUUAGAUUAGUAGGCCAGUAAUGCUAAUAUCACAGCGUACUGAGGGUUUUCUGUGCUGUGAAUUUGAUGUCUGUUGCUUGUUCCUCUAAUAUUAUAUAUGCUGUGUAUUUUCCCAUUUGGUCUUCAGAGUAACAUCCUGGCAUUAUCUCCUUUUAUUUUUGAAAGAAGAGCGCGUACACAAAGAGACACUGUACAUUUCUUCGUCCUAUAUUUAUGAUCCCCAUUGCACCGCCUAGGCCCAGAAUAACAUUAUAUAUAUCGUUCUACAUAAAAAUACUUAUAUGUUUUCAUCAUUCUUUGAACAUAAUAAAUGCAUUUUGUUUUUCA